AGAGGAGGCAGCGGUGGUGGUGGUGGAUGGAGAGGAGGAGGAGGUGGUGGAUGGAGAGGUGGUGGAGGAUGGAGGAGUAGACCAUGGAGAGGUGGAUCAGCAGGUGGAGGAGGGUGGAGAGGUGGAGGUGGUGCUAGGGGAGGAGGAUCAGGCAACCAUACCCUCAGCAAUCAGACAGUCCUUUGUCAGGCUACUCUAGAUAUAUUGUGUCCGUACAAAGGAUGGUCACUCUACUUCAAAGAAGGCUUCAUAGAGAGCUCACCUAGUGUGGAGAAGAUCAAAGUGUUUGAGAAAUAUUUCACUACCAAGAUUGAACUGUAUGACAAGGAUGAGAUCGAGCGUCAAGGCAGUGUUCUGGUGGAUUAUGCCGACUUGACUGGAGAUGAAACUGUGCGUGCAGCACUUCCUGAUCUGACCAAAGAGCUGAAGGAACAGCCAGAGGUCUUACUCAACUGUUUGGGAUUGGCCGUUCACCAGGUGUUGACUGUAGAUUUGGAGAAACAGGCUGCUGAGCUGCAGGGAGAAGAGCUUCCUGUCGCUACACCGAUCAUCAACAUCCCUCACAUCAGCGCGAGGCUGUAUAACUAUGAACCGCUGACUCCGUUGCGGACGCUGCGGGCCAGUGUGUUCGGGCGGCUGGUGUGUGUGAGGGGGACAGUGGUCAGAGUGAGCAAUAUCAGACCUCUGUGCACCAGGAUGGCCUUCAGGUGUCUGGGCUGCUCCACCAUGCAGUCUCUGCCACUGCAGCAUGGGAAAUACGUUACACCUACCAAGUGCAUCCAACCUGACUGCCGCAGUCGUUCCUUCGGCCCCAUCAGGAGUUCCUCUCUUACUCACACUGUAGACUGGCAGAUCAUCAAGGUGCAGGAGUUGAUGGGCGGAGAACAGAGGGAGACUGGACGAAUCCCGCGCACCGUGGAGUGUCACCUGACCUCCGACCUCUGUGACAGCUGCGUCCCCGGAGACUCGGUCACUGUGACGGGGAUAGUUAGAGUCACCAACGAUGGUACUUCCAGAGGGAACAAGGAUCAGUGUAUGUUCCUCCUUUACCUUGAAGCCACUUCAGUCAGCAAUUCUAAAGGUCAACGGUCCAAGUCGGGUCAGGGGUCAAGAGGGUCGCUUGAAGAUCGUUCUGGAGGGGAGGAGUUCAGUCUGAAGGAGCUGUAUGCCAUCCAGGAGAUCCAGUCUCAGCCUGACCUGCUGAGGCUUAUAGCACAGUCUUUGUGUCCCGUCAUCUACGGCCACCUGGUGGUGAAGGCUGCUUUAGCCUUGGUGUUGUUUGGAGGCAGACAGAAGCACAUGGACAAGAACAGCGUCCCAGUCAGAGGAGACCCACACAUCCUGAUGGUGGGAGACCCUGGACUGGGGAAGAGUCAGAUGUUGCAGGCCGUUUGUAAUGUGGCUCCCAGAGGAAUCUAUGUUUGUGGCAACAGCACAAGCACCACGGGACUAACAGUGAGUUUAUCCCGAGACUCAGGGACCGGGGAUUUUGCUCUAGAGGCCGGAGCCUUGGUGCUGGCUGACCAAGGCCUGUGCUGCAUCGAUGAGUUUGAUAAGCUGGGCAGCCAACAGCAGGCUCUGCUAGAAGCCAUGGAGCAGCAGUCUGUGAGUCUGGCUAAGGCUGGCAUAGUGUCCUCUCUGCCUGCCAGGACCUCCGUCGUAGCUGCUGCGAACCCCAUCGGAGGACAUUACAACAGAGCCAAGACGGUCUCUGAAAAUCUGAAAAUGGGCUCAGCGCUUCUCUCUCGAUUCGACGUCGUCUUCCUCCUCCUGGACAUCCCAGAUGAGUCGCACGAUCGCCACCUGUCAGAACACAUCAUGGCAAACAGGUCAGGAAGAGGCAGGACCAGCAGUGCUACAGUUACCAGAGCUAGCAAUGAAUUAGAGACCUCCAUCCUGCUGGAUCACUCAGACAUGCCGCUGUCUGAACGUCUGCAGGUCCCUGCAGGGGAAACCGUAGACCCGAUCCCGGUUCCUUUGUUAAGGAAGUAUAUCAGCUACGCUCGUCAGUAUGUCCACCCGUCGCUCUCUCCCGAAGCAGCGAAGACACUUCAGAACUUCUACCUGUCACUGCGAUCUCAGGCUCACUCUGCUGAUUCCACACCCAUCACCACACGGCAACUCGAGUCUUUGAUCAGACUAACUGAGGCGAGAGCCAGACUGGAGCUCCGAGAGAUAGCUACCAACAGUGAUGCUGAAGAUGUGGUGGAGAUCAUGAAGCACAGUCUGGCUGAUACAUAUUCAGAUGGUCUGGGCAAUCUGGACUUUGAGCGCUCUCAGCUGGGAUCCGGCAUGAGUCAGCGCAGCGCUGCAAAACGACUGGUCAACGCGCUGCACUUGCAUGCUCAGAGGACCAAUGAGACGCAGUUUGACCUACAGACGCUUCGAUCUGUGGCCAACAAAAUGAACAUCAAGGUGAUGGAUUUCGAAGGUCUUGUGAGUUCCCUGAAUGAACAGGGUUUCCUCCUGAAGAAAGGAGCCAAGCUGUACCAGCUGCAGACUGUCUGAUCGCUGACAGCAGCAACGGACUCUAAACACACACCUGCUCCUUCCUGCAGACCUCACUACAAGGUCAGUGUUCAGGAUGAAUGAACAGGGUCUCUUUUUAUAGAGAAGUUGUAACCACACCACUUUUACCAAACCACCAACCAGCCAGCUACUAUGUAACCUUUGUGAAGAGACUCUAACAACCACAACCACAGACAAAGACGGGACGGAUCAUAUAUCUACUGAAAACCUCUCUACCCGACAUAACGGCAACCACCGAUUACUGAAUGAGCACAAACUUCCUGCUAAAGAGAGGAACUAAGAUCAACUGACUCCAUCUCUGCUGAACUGUUCUGCAUCUAUUAUCACAAAUAUUGCUUCAGAUUAAAGAUAGUAUUAUUCAUCCUUGUGAUUUGGUUGUACCUGUGUUAGUAAAGUAGGACUACAAACUUAUUAGUCGAGCUACUUCAAGCAAAUGUUAUUUAGUUCCCUGCCUCUACCAUAAUGGUAAAUGCCAAAAAAACAUAUAUAUUUAUAAAGAUAUAAAAACUGAUUUUAAACUAGUUUACUCAGUCAGGUACACUUUGCUUUCAGUGUACAUGUAUUAAAACGGUACAUGGUUACUGACUCAGACAACAGUUGUAGCUGAGUUUAGUUUUUCUUAUAUUUCAAAGUAAGGUCAGUCUUUGACAAUGUGCUGAAUGUCUGAAAGAAGUAGCGAUAUACUUAUAUUAGGUCAUUUGUUGUUUUUUUCCACACAGGUGACUUUGUUCUUGAAAUACUUUUUUGACUACAGUAAGAAAUAACUAUAUUUUAAAAGUCACUGUUAUUUUAAUGUACAUAAAAUGCCAUGUUUAUAAAUAUGUUAUAUCAAAUUUUCGGUGUUUAGUAGCCUGAUAAAGGGAGAUGUUUUUCCACAGUUGCUUCCAGUGACGCACAUUGUCCUCACUUUGUAGAGCAGUUUCUGUGUUAUGAUGCUAUCAGCAAUGCACUUUGCUUCUAGAUAAAGAUUGACACAAUGAACAUUCAUCCACUGAGAUUGUCUCUCAAACACUUAACAAUUACAGCAAUAGCUGAAGCAGGAAGCUUGUCAAAGAGUAAACUUUUGAUGCUGCGCUCAUAUUACCUUCCCUACUCGUAAUGCAGAUCUGUUUUGAUGGAGUUUUAAGCUGCCAUUAUAUUGUUAUUACAUUUUUAAAAUUUCUCAAAUGUUGAAUUCUGGAUCAGGAUUAGUCAUGCAAUAGUAUGUUAAUCUAAAAACCUGCAAGCGCUCAGUAUUUGCUUCUCUUUUUUGCCUUUAAGCUUUAUCAAAUGCUCUGUAUCGUCCCCAGUUUCUCUUUUCUUUUUGUAUGCUAUGCACUUUAUAAGUAAAUAAUAAACAUUUGGUUAAUAAAUUAUUAAAAUGUUCCUGUAAAUUUCCACAUUUUGUUGUUUUUUCACUAUUUACAGUGAUUAAAAUGCUUCUAGUUUUCAAUA